AUGACCUUUUGCACGCAUCGCCGUCACAGGGACCUUCGGGACAGCCUCAAGCCCGCCGCGGUGGCUCGAGUACGCUUGUACCCACCGCGUCCCCUCUAGACCCUUCGCGACGUUCCUCUACGGAGCAUCAACGUCGCACGGUGCCGACUGCACCGCCGAUGCCGAGCGCAGGUAACGGUUUUGCCAAAUCGGAAGGUUCAUGUUCUUUGUCACGAAAUGGCGGUACCGAGCGUCCCGCGGCCGCUGGCCAUGUAGGUCGAGCACCCUCGAAGAAGGCCGCUUGUAAUGAACAGGCCUACGCCGACGUUUUGCGUAAAACGCCCGCGUAGACCGCUUGGUUUUGCACGCUUUUGCGGCUGGUUCACCGCUAUUGCCUGCCUCUCCUCGUAGCUCACAAUCCGGCCCGCCUUCGGGUGGCACCCAGAUUGUCCUGCCGGUUGCCGGUGCCAUAUCCCUUGAUGAUAUUUCUUCGGGGAAGGUAAGCGCACCCGCGCGGUAGGCCCCUGUUUUUGAUGGUAGUCAGGAAUGUUACGACGAUGAGGUUUUCCUCUUUUGGAAACCGUCGCCUAUCUUGCCCAAUCGGACGCCCUGUGCGUUCUUGGUCCACGGUUUCCGCUAGUGUGCGGAAUAUAGUUCGUGAUCGUGGAAUCAGCUCGCAUUUUUUCGGCGAUGACUCCGCAUAUGAAAAACCAUGGCUAACUCGGACCAAAGCCAACACAGUCGCUCUUGGACGGAAGGUGCGGGUUUUGACCACGUUUUAUGGGAGCUCAGACGUGAGGAUGCUGUCUCUUUGCUGCUGUAUGCGAAAUUCACCCAACUGCUUACGCUCGCGAAGUUUAAGCUUGGCCACGGGGAUCACACAGAUUGCGGAGGCUAUACCUUCGACACUGUUGGAUGUACUCACAGCAUGACAGAUUAUUUCGAGUAAGGACUUUCCGAACAGACGGAGCGGGGAGUUUGGGGGUUCAACAGUUGGUAUGGAUUAGAUUUGGUGGUACCAACUUUAUCACAUAUUGCAGGAUUGAGGGUAUGGGUGUCUACAGCCGAAUUGUGUGCGUGGAUUGUGGUUUCCCACUUCCUUUUUCCGUGUAUAAUCAAGUCCUUUUUCCGGCUCUCACGCCACCCACCGGCUUCCACGCCACUACUCCGGCUAUCACGCCAACCCGGCUUCACGCAUUCAGGACUUCCACGUCCCUACAUAUACCUUUACAUCAGGGCUUCCACGCCACCUGGCUUCCACGUCACAACUAUAAUAUACACGAGCUUCCACGCUCCACCACGUAGGAGGGCUUUCACGCCUGCGGAUAGUUUCUACAUUUUUCACCAUUGGCAGUACCUAGCUGCUGGCACCUUUUACUUUCCGCCACGGGACCCCGCGCCGAGGCACCCACGCACAAAGCUACUCAACACGCUAGCGUUAUUCGAUUAAGAGAGUGGCCGCGGUGUCUACGCGCGCAAGAUGCCAGAUGGAGAUGGACAACAGCCUCCGGCGGGACAAGGUCAAGGCGACCCUCCCGCGGGAGAAGACGUCGGCGGUGGAGAAACCAACUCUUCUUUCGCCGCCGAUGUGGAUCAAGACGGUCUGGGAGAGAGGGCUGCGGCGGGGGGCGAUCAGCAGGAUUCUAUGCGUCAGCUGGUCGACCUCCUCAAGCAUGCUCUCAUUGCAAACUCCCAGGACCAGGGGCACCGUGCCCAUUCAGGCACGUCUACCUCACAGACUGUAGAACUUAGGCAGAGAGAGAAAGUUGAGGUUCCAGUGUGGAGUGAUGAUUUCCUGAAAAACAGAUCUCUGGAAGUAGCUUUGAGAGUUUUCACGAGUGCCUUCGAAGCCUGGAUGGAGUGCGAAGGAGUGUCAGAAACGAUGAGAGGGGCAGAGAUUCCUGUAGCUUCGACUCAAGUGAACAUGGAGUGGUUGAAACGUUCGUUUGGGGAGGACAGAAUUAGGCAGUCUAGGAAGGUGUGGAAUUUCAUGCUUCUCAAGAUCACAGCCCAAGCAAUUCAAGGGCAAUUGCUCGCGGCUGAGAGCCCGCAAGGAGCACUACAAGAUUUUCCUGGAGUAUUACAGGCGAAGUAGGAACGAAGAGAGACAGACUUUAGAUGACCAAUGGAACGUGUUGUGUCAGAGGAGUGGAGAGAACUUGAUGGACUACUUUGGUAGAGCGAAAGCGCUGUGGAUGAGACUGGUUUCGUAUGGGGACAAUCGUGCUGAGGUGUCCAUGUGCAAGCACAUUGCUAGGGGUUUUCUGCCAGAGAAUGAGAGAAUAAAAGAGCGUGUUCUGUUCCACCCCAUGUCGUCGAGUGUGCAAAUGCAGAAGGCAUUGAGGACGGCUGAGCACGAGCAGAGGUAUGAGCGGAGAUCUGGAGGGAGGGGAGAGGAGACGAGGCACGCCCUCGUCGCUGCCGGCAUGGGCCGGGGCGGCGGGCAGAGGAGACCAGCCGUU